AUGGGGGAUAUUUGCUUGACGAAGAUGCGCAAAUUGGACCAGUUAUGCCAACUCUUGCUAACCCAAUGGCCGACAGAAAAACUGGUAAGGCAAGUCGCCAAACGACUGGCCGGGAGGACACAAUUGGUCAUCCCUUUCUUCGGAGGCUUCCUAUCCCAGUUGAAGUGUAUAAUGGAUGAUACACCUCCGAUGGUGCUACUACCAAAAGAGAAAAUGAAUCAACCUGUUGAUAUAACAGAGGACGUAUUUACCACUUCUAUUGGGGUGGGUGGACUUCUAAAUAUUUGUCGGGCUCAAAAGACGAUGUCUGUACUAAAAGAUGUCGAAAUGUUCCAAAGGCAUGCGGAGAAUGUUCUAAAGGUUGAAAACGAAAUAGAGAAGCAUUUUUCGGAACUUCUUGGGCUCAGGUGA